CCGUUUCGGCCGCUCACGGAAGAGGAGGAGCUGGGGCUGCGCGGUAGUGUGUUUAUCUUCAAUUCACACAGCCGCCGCCGCCGCCGCCGCCGUUGUUAUUCUGCUUUCCUCCCCAGUUCCUGCUUUCCUUCUCCUGGUUGUAUCAGCUGCGGGAAGAGAAAAGACUGUUCAGACGGUGAAGGAAGAUUCGUGAAUCUUCUGAGCGAAAGCCAAAAUGUCUUCAUGGGUCAAAGUAACCACAGAUCAAGCACAAACAUCAGUUCCAGAAAAGAGGCAUAGACCUGGAUGGAUUCCACGACUUCUGGACAUAAAUCCUUACAAAACCUUUCAGAAGAGCUCUUACUCACUUCCAGAGGAUUAUUCAAAGGACUACGAAGAUGCUAACAGCUUUGAAGAACUCUUUGGGCAGCAGUAUCAUCCAUCAACAGGGAAUGAAGAUAAUUAUGAGAGAUACCAAUAUUCUCAAAAAGAUGAUGACUACACCAAGGACGUUCUUCGAGACAAGCUGUACUUGCAGUUUUACCAGCAGCUGGAGAAGGAAUACGACAAAGAUAGACCUUCGGACUGUGUAAUUGUUUCCAUCAGCAAGGAUCAAGCGGAAUAUUCAACAGCCAUAGGCCAUCGGUUGCAGGAUCAUGGCCUUGUUGUGGAAAUGAUAUACCUUACAUCUGAAUCAGGUCUUACACGUGCCCUUCAAGAAGUUAAAAAUGAUGGUUCCCCAUUCUGUGUUCUUGUUGAACCAUCUAAUGUAACACUUUCCUCUUGCACCGUAAUCAUGCUUCACCAGUCUAUCAAAAUACAUCGUAAUAUGCCCAUGGAGGAUGCAUUGGCUCUGAUAGCUAAGGCGUUUGAGAAAAUUUGUGCUGAGCGCAAACAACAGGAACGCACAGAGAUUUCACACAAAGCAGCUGAUCUGGCGAAUGACUACCUAGAGCGGGAUCUCUAUGACAGUUACCAUGUGCCUCUAGGCAUUAGACAUCUCCUCUUUCUGUUAAGUGAGGGAAAACAUUUAUAUGUGGAAGAAUUGAACUCUGUAAGUGACUACCUGAAGACCAGGAGAAAUAAACUUGAAGGUUUUGUUGCAGAAACAGGUGCUUUAGCUGCUGUAGCUGAAGAUACUGUGUAUCCUGCGAGUGUCAGGCCAAGCACUAGCGGUCUCCCCCAGACGCUAAGCAAACCACCACCUCUUCUUCCAACACCUGGCCGAAAUUCUGUAUUAGGCCAGUCUGCUGUACCUUCAGCUAAACCAGCUUUGUUGGGUGAAAGGCCAUUGGCAGGUCUCCUCCCAACUCCAGGGCUGGCUGGCCCAAAGGGCAACCCUCCACCUCUUCUGAUAAAGUCUGCUAAAAGACCAAUCCACCUAGCUCCUUCUCCACAUCUGCCUGCAAAACGACCACUGCUUGGUGGCAGACCUGGCCUGCUGCCAACACCAGCUGCUAAGGCAAGAUCAGCACAACAUCAUUGGGUACCCAAGCCAAAGUUCCUGGCUUGACUGGACAUCUGGAUUAAAUGGAGUAAAUGGUAAUCCCUGAAUGCAUCGUCCCUCUUCCAAGACAGCAGCACCUGACAAAUGCGUGUUAGUACACCAGACCAUCUUAAAUGUGUAUCGUUUUCUGUUUUACACAUUCCUGGGGAUUU